AAUCACUAAAAAGAAUCGGCUCAAAGAGCGAUUCAUUUGGAAACUGUACAUCACUCUCUUCGAGUUUUCCUCCCUUUGCACAGUCAGUCUCACCAUCCUUGAUCCUGCAUCUGCACGCGGCUCCACUCAUUCUCCGUUCAAAAAAAAAGGGUCAGAAUGGGAGCGAAGCUCAGUCGGAAGAAGAGUGAAGUAGGGAUAGGAGCAGAGACAACAGGUCCAGCUGUAGAGGAGAAUGCAACACCAGAGGACUCACCUGUGACUGAGGAUGCAGAGCAGAAAUGUUCUGAAGGUGAGGUUCAGGAGGAGAGCAAGUCUGCAGAAGAGGCACCAGAAGCUGAAAAGCCUGCCUCUUCAACCAGUGUUCUGCAGACCAUUACACAAGCUGUAGAAGAAACGGUCAAUGCAGUCACUGAACAGAUCACUGCACCGGUGGAAGACGUUGUAAACAAAGGUAUCGAAGCAGUGGAGUCCGCAUUGGCAUCCGUCAGCCUGAUUGGGAAGGAACCUGCUGCUCCAGAGCAAGAACCUAAGCAGAAGUCUGAACCUGUAGCAGAUCUUGAUGCUUCUGAUGUUCUUCAAGAACCCAGCCUCUUGGAUGACCUGCUGAAAUCUCCAAUCUCCGAAGCCCUCAUUACUGGAGUCACAGUGGCAAGUGAAGCCAUAUCCAGCGAGAAGGUGGAAGACAAAAUUAGUAAUCCUGCACCAGCCAAGAACAAGGAUUUGUUGGAAUGUCUGGAUAAGGUGGAGACGCCCUCAUUGGACCUCCUGGAUUGUAAACUGACCCAUGAAUCCACAAUCCCUAACUCGGAUCCUUCAUUCACUUUGGAAGAUAUGGGACAGAAUGCAGUUGACAAUGUCAACCUUAUAUAAAUCACUACACUCACCUCUAGAAAGCAGCAGCAGCUGGAUGGUCAUUAGGUGCAAGUAUGUCAGAACAAUAUUCAUUUUUUUUUUUUUUUCCUGAAAAUGUAGUAUUAAAACAGGGUUGUGUCAUUCAGAAUUAAACUGGGGUAGCAAGCUGGUUGCAGAUUACUAGAACAUAUUAACAUACAUACUUAAAACAUUACUAAUGUUAUGCCUACCGAUUCGUUGACAAGCAGUCAUCUGAUAUUUUUUCUUCUUUAUUCUUCUAUAUUCUUCCAAGCUCUUGGUGAUUGUGUAUGAAACGUUCAGCCAGUCUCCCAUAGAAGAGGAAAAGAAUGUACAUUAAAACAAUGAUUGUAGUAAAGGAAAAUAAAGACUGUAACACAUCACAA